AUGAGAGACCAACUCCGCACACGCUACGAGCUGCGUCCGGUGCGAUCGGACUCAGUGCCCUGGCAGCAAGCCACGGGCAAGCAGGUGCUGUGGAUUGGCUGCUCGGAUAGCGAUUACGAUGAGCUGGAGACCCUGGGUCUCCAGGCCAACCAGGUCUUGGAGUAUCGAAAUCUGGGGAAUAUGGUGAUCGACGACCUUUCUUGUCAGGCCACGCUGGGCUAUGCAUUGGAGCAACUCAAGAUUCGGGACAUUGUCGUCUGCGGGCAUUACGGCUGUCACAUUGUGCAGGGGAAGCCCAACCCGUGCGUGCCGGAACCUUGGAGCAGAACGCUGGAUAUGGUUCGUUCGACGCACAAUCACGCUCUCGACCAAACCAGCGGGCAAGAACGGGACCGAGCGAUGGUUGAAUUGAACAUCCUGGGGCAGGUGCAGUCGUUGAGCCAAGCACACGACCACGACAUCCAGGUCUUCGGGGUGGUGUAUGACCGCGCAUCGAAGACUGGAUACCAAAUCACCGAGGCUGGGUGUUGA